AUGUCGUCAAAGAUUACCUGCUACCUGGACUGCGUAUCUCCAUACUCCUACUUCGCCUUUGUCCACCUCCUCAAGCACCAGGUCGCUCUCACGGCGCACAACAUCGAGCUAGACUUUAUCCCCGUCUUCCUCGGCGGCAUCAAUGCCGGCAGCGGGAACCAGCCGCCAUGGAUGCUCCCCGCCAAAGCCGCCUACUCCAACAUCGAUCUCCAGCACGCAAAGCGCUACUUCGGCCUCCCCAACCUCAUCAAGCGCCCUAGCGUCUUCCCCACCAACACCCUUCGCGCCCAACGCGGCCUCACCUACAUCAAAGCGCACUACCCCACCGUCUACCACGAAGCCUUCCGCCUCGCCUGGGUAGCACUGUGGGAAAACGACACCGACAUCUCCCAGCCCGCGCUGCUCUCCGCCGCCUGGGCGCCGCUCUUCCCCGCCGCGGGCGAGCUGGAGAGGGUGCUACAGGCGGCGGAGGACCCGCGGUGGAAGAAGCAGCUGCAGGAUAACACGAAGGAGGCGCUGGAGAACGGGGCGUUUGGCGCGCCGUGGUUUGUGGUGACGAACUCGAGGGGGGAGAGGAGUGUGUUUUUUGGGAGUGAUAGGUUCCAUUAUAUGUUUGCGUUUUUGGGGCUGCCGGAGGGGUUGGGCGAGAAGGCGAGGUUAUAG